ACUUAAUAAACCACCCGUGAAUGUGUGAAAUUCAACAAGAAAAAAAGUGCUUUUGAAAACUAAAUCUGAAAUUAAUGAUACUGUGAUAAAACAAAUAAAUACUAUUACAAAUCUGUUGAAAAAGUUACAUAAAAUAAAACAAAUAAAAUUAAAAGUUACCAAAUAAAAGAAAAAAGUAAAACAUACAAAUAACUGAAAACCAAAAACAGCUAAAGUUUUUAGUUUUAAUAAAAAAAAAAAAAACUCAAACAAAAUUACAAAAUCUAAAAAUGUUGCAAUCCCUAAAAUUGCGCACGGACAAACUUAUGGAUGCUACAAAUAAUAGUGUGGAUAACCACAAUAACAACACAAAUAAUCUAGUUGCAACAACACCGCCAACAACAACACUAAAUCCUUUGCUAACAACUUUGGCAACAUCAACGACUUUGUUAACGCCUGCUGCACAAGUGACAACACCUGUUGCUGCUGGCAUACAUGCUAAUGGACUGGGUGUUUAUAACAACAAUAGUAAUCAUAUAAUCAACAAAACAAACAACAACAACAACACUAACAAUAAUAAUCAUUUAAAUAAUAUACACCACCUGCAACAAUAUCAAGCCAAAUAUUUAGAAUCUGCCAAUGCAGCAACAGCUGCCUCCGCCUCUGCUGCCGUCAAUGUAACAACUACAUCAAAAACUUUUCAUCCUUAUUUGCGUCCACUAGCAAAACCUACCUCCAACUCCUGCUCACCACCAAUAUUAGCAGCAGCAUCAACCAAUUCCCCAGCAACAUCUUUGUCCACACCAACAACAUUGUUUCAAACACUUUUACAAAACCAAAUAAAUUCCACGGUUGUUGCAACAACAGCUGCUGUGUUACCAAAAACAACGUUAGCUAAUACUUUGGCCACAACAGCAUCAAGUGGAUUAUUAACUUUGCCAACAACACCACCACCACCGUCAUCAUCAGCAACUUCAUUAGCCAACAACAAUAACAUCGGCAAUAGCAACAUUAGCAGCAGCAACAACAUGGAAAACCAAUCCUCACAAAUUAAUCCAAACAAUCAAACCUCAAAUGUAUUGGACAAUUCCUUGGAAAACAUGGAAACUUCUGCAGAUGAUACUUUAGCAUUGGUGCCGUUUUCAUCUGUUAGAAAAUGUUCUGUAGACUCCAACGACAAUGUGGAGUUUAAAAAUAAAAAAACUGAUGAAUUUGCCAAAGAUGAACCUGAUGCGGAUACAAUUAAAAUGUUUGUGGGCCAGGUACCCAAGUCAUGGGAUGAAAUGAAAUUAAGGGGUCUGUUUGAACUGUACGGCAGAGUUCAUACGCUAAAUGUGUUGCGUGACAAGGCUACCAUGAUGAGCAGAGGGUGCUGUUUUGUAACUUAUUAUACACGUAAGGCUGCUUUGAGGGCUCAAGAUGCUUUACACAAUAUCAAAAUAUUAGAUGGGAUGCAUCAUCCCAUUCAAAUGAAACCGGCUGAUAGUGAAAAUCGUAAUGAGCGUAAACUUUUUGUUGGCAUGUUAAAUAAGAAGUAUAAUGAAGCUGAUGUCAGACAAUUGUUUGCCGGUCAUGGCACCAUCGAGGAGUGCACCGUUUUGAGGGAUCAAAAUGGUCAAAGUAAAGGCUGUGCAUUUGUAACAUUCGAUACGAAACAACAUGCCAUUGGUGCUAUUAAAUCCUUACAUCACAGUCAAACUAUGGAGGGUUGUUCCGCACCGCUCGUUGUUAAAUUUGCCGAUACCCAAAAGGAAAAGGAUCAAAAGAAAUUGCAACAACUGCAGGUUGGUAUCUGUGGCAUCACCUCGCUAACAACAUCACCCUCGCAGCAAACAGUCAUGGGCGCUUUGACUGCGCCACCCUCUGCGGCCAAUGCCUUAAGUCCUAGCAAUGCCUUAGUGCCAACACCUGUGGCCGCCACCACACGUACAAAUCCCACCAUGGCUGCUCUGCAUGCCGCCCUCGCUGCCCCACCACCAUCGUUACCGACCGCAACGGGUGCCACAGCUGGCCUUAUACCCACAUCAGCUGCCAGUCUAUCGGCUGUAACACCAACAAUGAUGGUAACCGCUGCCAACACAACACAUCAGCCAACUUCACCGUAUUUUACCACAGCCGAUGGCAUGUUAACCAAUUCGGCAGCCGCCGCUGCCGCCGCCCAAAUGCAAAUAUUCCAGCAAUUGCAAGCUUUUGGUCUGCAACCGGCACAUUAUCUACAAGGACUAAAUUUCCCACCGGAUCAUAGUACCACAGCUGCUUCAUUAUCGGCCUCGGCAAUCGCCGCUGCCACCAACAACCCUACUCCUGGCAACGGACUAUUGGCCACCCCCAUAUCCAUGCAAAAUCUGGUUACCUUAGCCUCUCUGAAUCCCGCCAGUGUACAGGCCACCCAUGUUACGCAAGGUGCUACCGGCCAGCAUCACAGUGUGCCCACAUCUCAGGCUCUUACAUUCAAUGCGGCCCAGGUUCAUCAUCAUCAUCACCAUCAUCAGCAACAACAACAGCAAGCUCAUCAGCAACAACAACAACAGCAUCAUCAAGCUCAUAUGGCUCAACUAACCGUUGCUCAUCAAAUGUCAAUGGCUGCCGCUACGCCUCCAUCAUUAGCUGCACAUUUUGCUGCUGGUCCCACUGGUCAUCAUCAUGCUCUCUGGACUGGCGCUGAGGCUCUUACAUCACCAUACGCUACAACACUUAAUCCAUUGACCAAUGGUGCUUAUGCAGCAGCAGCAACAGCACCCCUAACGGCAUCAGCACUACAGGCAGCCGCCGCAGGAGUAGCUGGCAAACAAAUUGAAGGACCCGAAGGCAGUAAUCUAUUUAUUUACCAUCUACCUCAGGAAUUCACCGAUACAGAUCUCGCUUCAACAUUUCUACCUUUUGGUAAUGUUUUAUCUGCCAAAGUAUUUAUCGAUAAACAAACAAAUCUGUCCAAAUGUUUCGGUUUCGUAUCCUACGAUAAUCCACAUUCAGCCUCAGCUGCCAUACAAGCCAUGCAUGGCUUUCAAAUCGGCACAAAACGUUUAAAGGUGCAAUUGAAACGUUCUAAAGAUGCGGCCAAGCCUUAUUAGUUUCUAGCAAAAACUACUAACAACAAACAAAAGAAAAAAAACUUAUUUUCUUUAAAAAAAAAAAAUAUAAUAAAUAUUUAAGUAUUUAAAAAAUAUAUAAAAAAAGAAAAGUAAUUUGAGU